AUGAAAGGUGAGUUUGCGCCAAUCUAUAUGGUGAUGGGAAUGGUGUUGGCUGCGCUGACAAUGGCGACACACACGGCAAAGCAGCAGCUGUUGCAUUCACCCUCUGUCAACGUAAGCAAGAAGAAGAGAGAGACAGUGGCUGAGGUGGAAUACCCUGAUGCUGUUAUUAGCUCAGCUGACAAGUUUGUCAACAAGUCCUUUCUCAGAAAAGUGGCUCACAUCCAAGACGCCAAUCCCACCCUCCCUGACCCUAUUCGACCAAACCCAUUUACUAAAUCUAGAGAGGCAGAGACCCUUAAAACAGUUGGUGUGAACCCAAGUCGCCAGUGA